GCGGCGUGGGGGCGGGAAGCGCGCCAGCCAGUAGCGGCCCGAAGGCGCCCGCGGCCGGACGCUCCCACGCCACAGGUGCUGCCCUCUUUCUGACUACGGGGCAGCUGAACAGGAUGGUAGCUUGGCGCUGAGAUGUCGUCGCCCCUGAGCCGCCUGGGUCUGGGACCCCGCGGUCAGCCGAGGACUCUGCGCGUCAUGGUCCUGGGUCAGGCCGGCGUCGGAAAGUCUGCUCUGGUGGUGAGGUUCAUUACGAAGCGCUACAUCGGUGAGUACGACCCGACGCUGGAGAAGGUGUACCACUUCCAGACUGUGAUGGACGGUGAAGCGGUGCUGUUCGAGAUCCUGGACACCGCUGGACAGUCGCACGAGAGCGAGUGCGUGACGCUGGAGGCGAACAUCCGCUGGGCGGAGGCGUUCGUGCUGAUGUACUCGGUGACGGACAAGUGCUCCUUCGACGAGUGCAACCGCCUCAAGUUCCUCAUCAACUACAACAAGCGCCGGCGCCGGCUCGGGCCCGCCACGCACAAGGAGCCGGUGGGCGAGGCGCCGGUGGUGCUGGUGGGCAACAAGACGGACCAGUGGGGCGAGCGCAUGGUGAGCCGCGAGGAGGGUCUGCGCCGCUGCCGGGACACCGCCUGCGCCGCCUUCCACGAGCUCUCCGUGCGCGAGAGCAUCGAGCAGGUGUGGGCGGUGUUCCGGGACGUGUACCGGCUGUGGCGGCUGCACGCCAAGGGCGCCAGGCUCUGCCGCUCACGCAGCGAACUCUCCUCGGCCGCCGCGGUCGCGCUGCUGGGGCGCCGGUGGACCGAGGUGGAGCUGGAUGAGGAGGGGGAGGCGGAGGCGGGCGGCGACCAGCCGGCGGGGCGCGCGGCCGCUGACGUCAGCGUGGACCCGCUCCCAGCGUUCCGCGCGCGGGCCUCGACGGACGGCCACCUGCUGUCGCGUCCGCGCCUCUGGAAGCUGCCGCACCCCCACAACCAACCGCGCACCGAGCGACGCAUGAGCAUCUCUAUGCGCGGCAACAACGCCAGCUGCUGAGCGGCACUACCUGCGUGACGUCAUCAGCCUCAGGAGCCGGCCGGCCAGACAGUGGAUACUCUAGAUGAUGACAACAACCGGCUCCAAACACAGCUUUCAGCUGCACAACUAGGAACUACUAUCCCUCAAAAAAAUGUUAAAAUGUACCAUGUCAACAACGCAAGCUACACCUACUGAAGAUUGCUGUCAGCUGAGGUCGGCGUGCAAUGCUUCAAUCGAUGAACAAUAAUCUAAGUUUUACUGGUCUCAUUAUCUUCUGUCUCCUAUUUAAGAAAAUUCCGAUAGUCCCACGAGUUACUGUAGCACAUUAAAAUGCCACGUUUCUCUGUUCUCCAAUUAACUUUAAAUGCGAACAUUUUAGGUUAGGCUUUACCGUGACUGUUAUUGACAUUAAAUGAAACAACAAGUUUACUGUUACCAUGCACCGUUUUAUUUAUGACAGUAAACUUGUUGUUUUGUUCUCCAAUUAAGAUGGUUCUUCAAUUUAAAUUCCUUGGCUGGUGAUUUGUACACAAAUGUCCAUAAACGAGAUGCAGUGUAACUGGUUAGGAUUUUUGUACCAUUUUCUGUUACGAAUUCUUUAGACAAGAUUACCGUAAUACUGCUGUAUUGCUAAUUUGAUCUUUUGACAGUUAAGCUGAAUACUUGAAGGUGGAACAAAUUAAAGAUGGUUUAAGCAUUUUUUCUGUUUUUUACUAGAUUGCGGUGACUGGUGCUCGGCAUCUGUCUUGAAUCACCAGGAAAAAAUGCGCACUUCACUUUCAUAUUCCACACGGCUCAACAUCUCUUCUAUGUUGGUGUCCCGUCAAUAUUAUUCAAACAUUUUUUGCGCUGUGCGCUUGCAAAGUUCUGGUAACGAAAGGACUGGUCAGUGUGUAUCUACCCAGUGAAGUCAUGGGCUAUUAAAUUUGUUACAAAUUUGAACCAUUAAUGAGUUUCAUUAAUUGUAAGGCAUGUUCAUCUGAUGUUGGUGAACAGAAAUGAAGUGAAUACGGACAAUGUUGUUAGAAUCUCCAAAUACGAAGAGAAGAAGACAAGGUAUGCCAAUACUUAGUAAUGGGUGUUAUUUUUCUGUAAUCGUAACACUCAACCAACAAAGAAAAAUGAACCAGCAUUGUGAGACAGUUGUGAGUUGAGGCAACAUAUAGUUCUAUGUUUUUAAAUCUUUAUUGAUGUGUCUCCCUUGUGUUUGAGUCAAGAAUCGUAUACGAGACUUCUAUAAACAUUUGUACAAUGAGUGGUAUCAUUUCUUACACAGCAGUAAAGUGAUGUCACAGUUUUGAAAUUCCAUGUUGUCAACUUUUGAUAAACACUAUUCUAGA